GUUUCGUAUAAAACCCAACGUGACACUACAGCGUCAUACCUCAGACGGUUUCAGUACUGUUCAAACGACCAGAACAGAUACGCAGGUAUCCUUAACUUCAAAUCAUGAAGCCGUCAAAAUCAACAAUUUAUGUGGGCAUAAUCCUCAGUCUCCUCGCAUCACAGUGCCUGGUUUCUGGUCAAGGUUUCAAUUAUCGCCGGUUCCGUUCCCCACAAUCACAGAUACAGCAGAUCGUUCCCGCUAUAAUUGGCUGUGGUGUAGGGUGGCUCAUUGGCAGGUCACUUGCGCGUGGACACUGCCAUAACUGUAAUGAAAAUAACAACACGGCAGCCGACUGUACUGAGGAGGAGGGAUGUGAACUGUCUAUACAGCCCACUGCCACUGCCCCAACUAAUAUGAUAUGCCGCUGUGAUGAAUCCGUCACAAGUAUUCUGAAGUUUUAAAAUGGAAUGAAAACUGAAGUGCUUGCAGCUUCGUUAAAAUGGAAAACAGGAGCGUGCUUAUUGUCUUUAUUCAUGCGAUUACUUAAAUAAAAGUUGCUUCAAAUUGA